AUGGUCGGAUCUGAUAUUACUGGGUAUACACAAAGGUUUCACGACCUGUCUCGUGUGAUUCCUUAUUUGGUUACACCAGAAUACAAGCGUAUUGAACGCUAUAUUUGGGGACUUGCUCCUGAGAUCCGAAGCCAUGUUACUGCAGCAGAACCCACGACUAUCACGCAGGCGGUAACUUUAGCUGUGAGCCUUAAUGAAGACGCGAUCAGGAUGAAGAAAUAUAAUGUGAAAGGAGAUGAGAAGAAAGAUUCACAUGUCGAGUCUUCCACGGGUGGAAAAAGGAGUUACUCAAAUUUCAAGAAGGGAACUCGUAGGAACAACAACUACAACAAUAACACCAACCCCAACAACAAUACCAACAACAAUACCAACAACAACAACUACAACCGCAAUAACCACAACAAUAAUAACAACAACCGCAAUCACAACAACCCCAACCAUUAUAACAUAAAACAAGAGAAUACUCAGGCAAGGGAUGCAAAGGCGUUUAUAGCCACCAAUGAUACUGGCCCGAAAAAGUACUCAGGAAAUGUGACAAGUGUGGAAAGCUUGGCCACCGUACCGAGUCAUGCUGGGGAUCAGGAAAUAGAUCAGGAACGGAGAAUAGAAAUAACAAUAGGAAUGGAAAUGGGCGUGAGCAAGGAUGUUUUGGAUGCGGAAGCAAAGAUCACUUCAAAAGGGAUUGCCCUAAAGAAAACCAAGCCCGUGGUCGAUCAUUUGUGA